AUGGCGCAGAACCCCUCAGCACCGUCCUCGUCGCUGGAACCGCCGAGUCUGCUGGUUGUGGGAGCAGGCCCGGUGGGUCUCGUCGCGGCGUGCGAGUUGCGGCGCCACGGGCUGCACGUGCGCGUCGUGGAGCGGAAUCGCGCGCCGUCGGAGCACUCCAAGGCGCUGGCGCUACACGCGCGCACGCUCGAGAUCUUAUCCGCGCAUGACGGCGUCGUGGACGCUUUAAUCGCCGCGGGAACCAUUGUGGAGGGAAUCGAGGUUCGAACAGACGGACACCUGGCAGCGUCGCUCGCUCUCUCCGAGUUAAAUGGCAGUCCCGCCGGAGAUGACGGCGGACGGCACGGCAGGGACCACGGCCUGGCGCGCCGCGAGGAGCAAUCCGCGGAUUGCGGGGACGACUCGAGGCCGAGCGUGUGGGCGACGCGGUUCCCGUUCGUGCUGAUGGUGCCGCAGAGCGACACGGAACGGAUUCUGGCGCGGUGCCUCAAGGACGUGUACGGGACGGACGUGGAGUGGCAGACGGAGCUUGUCAGAAUCCGUCAGGACCCGAGUGCAGUGCACGUGGAGCUUCGGCAUGUGCAUGCACGCACGAGGCAACCCCGCACUCCUGCCACACCAUCCCACUCCACAGCCACUGCAGCAGAGACAGACACAGGAACUGCAACCAGAGGGAUAGGGCGUGAGAUGGAGAGGGAGGGGUGGAGAUCGGUGGAGGGGGGUGAGGCAGAGGGCGAGGUAGAGGCGGCGUCGUUUGACCUGGUGUGUGCGUGUGACGGGCCACACAGCACGUGCCGCCGCCAGCUGGGACUUUCCUUUGACGGGCUGCAGUACCCCAUGCACGCGCUCCUCGCUGACGUGGCGCUCUCCCAUUGGCCGUUCCCGAGGAACAAGGGCCAUGUGUUCACCCGAGGUAAACGUGUGGUGGCACCUGUGGGUCUGAUUGACCAAGCCGAGGCCCGCAGGCGAGGCACGGGGAAGGCAGCGGAGGGAGGUGGGACAGCAGCAGGGGAAGUGGGAGAACAGAGGCUUGGGGAAAGGACUGGGAGGGGAGGUGACAAGAGCGAGACUCCGUAUGUGGAGAUCCCAGCAGGGAUCUCAUCCUCAGCAGAUUUUUCUGAAACCACAGAGGCCCCUCCAUCAGCAUCAGUCACUCCACUCGCAGCAGGAAGCGUAAGCACAGCAGGAGUCUCAUCCCCAGCACGUGUGGUCUCAGCUCUUGUAUCUGAGACCGCCCAUCAUGGCCCAGCCUACAUCCCUUCCGCCCCACUUCCUUCCACUCCACCUACUGCCUCUGCUUCUAGGCUUGCUGCUGAUGGUUCUGGUGGUGGCAGCGCUGGUAUAGCACCGUCCACUUCCCCAGUGACACCUCAGCAGCCAGCAUUGACGCCUCAGCAGCCAGCAGUGACACCUCAGCACGUGUCCGCCAUGCUCAACGCCAUCGCGCCAUGUGGUGCCCACGUGGACAGCAUCCAUUGGUGCAGCGUCUUCAGCAUGCACCUGCGCUCCCUAAACCGCUUCCUCCAAUCCCGCGUCUUAUUCCUAGGCGAUGCAGCCCACAUUCACAGCCCUGUAGGCGGCCAGGGGCUUAACACAGGAGUGCAGGAUGCUUAUAACGCAGCAUGGAAGGUCGCCCUAGUGGGAAGAGGCAUUGCCGGCAGCAGUGGCAGCAGCGCCGGGGGCACGUGCACCAGACGCCAUGCUGCUGCUCCUGCUGCCUCCCCCUCACUACACCCACACUUCGGUGUCACACGCCACUUCUCCCUAUAG